GUUCAUGUCCAGCUCAUUCACAUGCUACUCCUGCAGUAUACAACCAUAAUGCUGCUAAUACCGUUCCAGAAAAGGAAUAUGCUUUUGAGAUGGCAAGCUCUACGGUUAGAUUUGGUCCAGGAGUAACAAGAGAAGUCGGAAUGGAUGUUGUCAAUAUGAAAUGUAAAAAGGUGUGCUUAAUGACUGAUUCAAAUUUGAAAAAUUUAGCACCAGUGAAAACUGUGUUAGAUUCAUUUGCUAAAAAUGGUGUCAAAUACGAAUUAUUUGAUCAAGUUAGGGUGGAACCUACCGAAGAGAGUCUAAUGGUUGCAACUAAAUUUGCCAAGGAGGGUAAUUUUGAUGGAUAUGUUGCAGUGGGAGGUGGUUCUGUGAUUGAUACUUGCAAAGCUGCUAAUUUGUAUGCUUGUGAUCCAGAUGCUGACUUUUUAGAUUAUGUUAAUGCACCAAUAGGGAAAGGAAAACCUGUCACAGUUCCACUGAAACCAUUAAUUGCUAUUCCAACAACAUCUGGUACUGGCAGUGAAACAACUGGCGUUAGUAUAUUUGAUUAUCGACCUCUUCACGCAAAAACAGGAAUUGCAAAUCGUGCUUUGAAACCUACACUGGGUUUGAUUGAUCCAUUACAUACGUUAUGUAUGCCUGAACGUGUUUGCGUUUAUAGUGGAUUCGAUGUAUUCUGCCAUGCUUUAGAAUCAUUUACCGCCAUCCCAUACACGGAGCGAACACCAUGCCCUCCAAAUCCAAUUUUACGACCAGCUUAUCAAGGACAAAAUCCAAUUUCUGAUGUAUGGGCCAGAUAUGCAUUACAUAUUAUUCGGAGGUAUUUCGAACGUGCAGUUUAUAAUCCAUCUGAUGUGGAAGCCAGGUCACAAAUGCAUUUAGCAUCAACAAUGGCAGGUGUUGGUUUUGGUAAUGCAGGUGUACAUUUGUGCCAUGGCCUGAGUUAUCCAAUCUCAGGAAAUGUUCGAAGUUUUCAACCAAAUGACUACGGAGUUGAUCAUCCGAUUAUACCACAUGGAUUGUCAGUCGUAAUGAGUGCACCAGCUGUGUUUUCAUUUACUGCAAAUGCAUGCCCAGAACGUCAUUUAGAAGCUGCUGAAAUUCUUGGAGUUGAUAUUUCAAAUGCUAAACGUGCUGAUGCUGGGGCCAUACUUGCUGAUGUAAUGAGAAAAUAUAUGAAUGCCAUGAAAGUAGAAAAUGGAUUAAGUGCUCUAGGCUAUGUUCUUGAUGAUAUUCCACAGCUUGUUAAAGGAACAUUACCUCAGCAUCGAAUCACAAAAUUGGCUCCACGAGAACAAUCAGAGGAAGACUUAGCAAAAUUAUUUGAAAAUUCGAUGUCUGUGUAUUGAGGUAUUAUGGAUUAAGUUUAUUUACCUAAUGGUUAAGUUUUUAAAUAAUGUAUAUGCAUUAAAGUGUACAAUUUACGUAAGUUUGAAACAGUUUGUUUAUAUAACAUGGGGGUAUAAUAACGUAACGAUUUCUCACAAUUUUAAUUUUUAGAGUUAAUCAUUUUUUCAAGAAGACAUUUGCUUAUACGCUUUUACUCUGUCGUGAACAUUCACUUAUAAUUAUACCCUUAAAUGUAUAGUAUCGAUCAUUAAUGAAUUUAUGCUUUUGUCUAAACCAUCUCUUCGUAUAAUUACGAUCUCUUCAUUAUUAGAAUGAUGAGCUAAAUUCUAUACAACAACUACAAUUUCGGGUUU